UAUGUGAGCAGAGUAUUAUAUGCGUGAAUUUAUACGAGGCAAACGCCACAUCACCGUGAAAAUAAAAAUACAAAGGGCAAAGUAAUUUUUCUGGCUUCAUCACUUCAGCCGGAUUCUAUCAUCUCAGGGAAAUGGCUAGCUCUCUCCGACGAAUAGCGACGCAUUCCUCUCAAGCCGCCUGGAGAUCCUCUCUGACGCCGAUAUGGAGACAAUUUGCGUCAGAAGCGUUGGUCGAAAUCAAACCCGGAGAGAUCGGUAUGGUCUCUGGUAUUCCAGAUGAACAUCUUCGUAGAAGGGUUGUGAUUUUCUCACCUGCUCGGACUGCUAGUCAACAGGGCUCUGGAAAAGUUGGCAGAUGGAAAAUCAAUUUCAUGUCUACCCAGAAAUGGGAGAAUCCAUUGAUGGGGUGGACAUCCACAGGGGAUCCAUAUGCCAAUGUUGGUGAUUCAGCACUUAGUUUUGAGAGUGAAGAAGCUGCAAAAGCAUUUGCUGAAAAGCAUGGCUGGGAAUAUACGGUUAAGAAACGACACACACCAUUGUUAAAGAUCAAGUCAUAUGCGGACAACUUCAAGUGGAAGGGACCUCCCAAGACAGCAGAAUAAUUUAUUUUCUACUUCAAUUCAAGUACUUGAGGUGCUUGUGGAUGUUCUACCCCAAUGCCUUGCAUUUUUUUUUUCUUUUUCUUCACCUUCUCUAAAGUUGGGCAGAUUUCCUUCAUGAAGGAUUUAAUAAAUCAAACUUAUGAAAAAUCCACAAGUACAUGUAAUGUCUUAAAACCUUUAUGAAGCAAUUUCCGGGUGUU